AUGGACGACUUUCUAUUCCACGAGACGGACACCUUCGCGUUUCCGCUGUUGGACUUUGACCCAGAUAGCGCGCUGCUGACGUCCGCCGAGCUAGUUAUGCACCAGACGCACCUGCAGCAGACUCAGCAGAUAGUUCCAGGAUCGGAUAGCGGUUUGGGCCAGAUCAGCAACAGCAGUCGAAACAACAGCCAGCAGCCGACCAGUCGAAUGAGCACUGACGGUGGCAGCACAGACACUGAGAUGUCCAUACCGCCGCCAGCUUCCGUCGAACAACAGAAACAACAUUCUGAAAUGGGCGCUGCCUCGUCGAGAAUGUCGACGCUGCUGGGAUUUUCGACGGCGGCCCACUCGCCACUUCCCAGCGAACAAAAGCUAUUAGCGCCCAGGACUAGCAGCACUAAAAGCAGCGUCAACGCGACGACGCCUACCAAUGAAGAAUCGCGAGAGCGCCAACAAGAGCCGCCUGAGACGCAAAGCAUAGCUGACGACAACAAAAAUUACGGAGCUCAAGAAAAAGAACAGGAGUUGCAGACCAUCAUAGCUGGUCUGCGCGCUGAGAACAAGUCGCUGCUGGACCAGAAUACGUUUCUGCGCUCGCUGGUGACGAGCUUCAAGCACGAGUCCGCAUCAUCUCCAAGCAGCCACCAGAUGACUGCAGCAUUCGCGUCGUUGCCUCCACCAGUGGAGCAGAGCUGCGUAGCUCUCAAUAUGAUGGAAAGCGGCCAGAAGAUGGAGGUGGAUGGCGAUCUACAGACUGAAGACACGGACCUGACUAUGACGCCACCGGGCAAGCGGCGUGCUGUGACGUCCACCCUGUCAACGGCUAGUCUGGCUGUGUGUGCGUCCGUGUUCAGGAUCACAAUUUUCGCCGACUUCGAUGGAUGUCGGUGA